AUGUUGUGCCACUUAAAAAGAUCCCGAGCAAUCACCUCGUUAAAGAGGUUUGUGUCACAACAAACCUCAAACGACGGCUCUCUUCAGUAUUGUGCUAACGUCGUGAGACAGCAUGAUUAUGAAAAUUAUUUGGCAACUCUCCUUAUGACGAAAGCUAUUCGAUCGCCCGCUUUUGUUAUACGAGCUUUUAACGCUGAAGUGGCAAGAGUACAGGAUCAAACAAAAGAUCCUCAGACAGCAGCAAUGAGGCUUCAGUUCUGGCAGGAUUCACUGAACUCUCUAUACAGUAAUAAUCCAAAUCCUACCAACAUAAAUGCAAACCCAAUAACUCAGGAACUUCAUAAGGUUUGCUUAAGUUAUAAACUACCAAAACGAUACUUAGAAAGAUUAAUUUCAUCACGGAGUGGACUGUUGAAGAUGAAAUAUUUUAGUACAUUAGAGGAUGUUGAGAAGUAUUCUGAGAACACUGUUUCAACAAUUUAUUAUUUACUUCUCUUUGUGGCCGGUGUAACCGAUGUUCAUGCUGAUCAUGCAGCUUCACACUUAGGAAAAGCUCAAGGAAUAGCUAAUAUAUUAAGAUCUGUCCAUGUGUUUAGUCAUCACAAAUCAGUGUCUCUGCCUAUGGAUGUACUAAUGAAGUACCAAGUAAGCCAAGAAUCUGUUUUAAGAGGAAAGGACAAUGAGAAUAUAAGGAAUGCUGUGUUUGAAAUAGCAUCACGAGCAAAUAGUCAUUUACAGAAAGGUCGGAGUAUAAAUGUACCAAAGAUAACAAAACAAAUGUUUCUGCCAGCAGUAGCCAUCGAAAGAUACCUGAACAAACUACAAAAAGUAAACUUUGAUGUUUUCAACAAAUCAUUAAUGCUAAGCAGUCCUAUAUUACCAAUUAGCUUAUACUGGAAAAGAAUAUUAAAUAAAUAUUAG